AUGCCGCUUACCGACACCAUUUCACACAAAAUCAUACUGCGCAAGGGCGAGGCGGCUAGACUGCAGUCUGAGGCAGCUGAGAGACAGUUGAGGAGCAGCAAAAUGCUCAGCGAAGUACCAGUGCCCUUCCCAGGCGAUGAGAAGCAACACCAUCUUAACUGGCUUGGCAACGCACCCUUCAUCCAAGUACAAGUUGGCAGCACCGUUUUGAAUCGAGAGCGCGCUGAGAUAGACGGUGCUAUCAUGGGCCUUUCAGCCCCUCAACAGAUCAAAGCGCUCGUUCUUCAUGUCAACCUCUCCGACAGGACUUAUGUCUCCGGUCUCCAGAAUCAGACAACAUCUCUCAAAAUCGAAGUUUUGUUCAAUGGGCAGCUUUCCCAUUGCUGGCUCAUGUCUAUGCACGAUCUAAGGUCUGGCACCAGGAGCCAUCAUCAAGUCUUUGCUGGCACAAGAGUCGACUUUCUUGCUGAAAGACCGUGGAUAAUUGUCCCAACAGGACUAGCACCAAAUGGGAGCUUCAGAAAGGGUAGCAAGUCGGUCUCAGUGCUACAGCGAUGGCAAGAUAUAUGUAGUACACUACAAGACGAAGCAUGUGAGAGAGGUACAAACACAGAAGGCCAGGUCCCACCUACUGCCGAGUUCUUGAAGGCGCUGGCGACUAUGCAUAUGCCAGAUCGGGUGCAGAACAUGCAAAAGCCUGGUGGAAGGGUUUUUGGCACCAUCGACGUAGUCAUCACCGCUGGCGAGGGGAAGAAGCUUACGAGCGGCGUUGGUUAUCUGAAAGAGCCAAGGAGAAUGCUUGAUGACAAUUUUCCAAUCAAACUUCAAAGUGACGGUACGACUGCGAUACGGGAAACAGCUGGAAUGGGUCACGACGAGAGCGGCUCAAAGUCCCAUGGUCUCGGCCCUGGCUAUGGAGCUCAAGACACACACACUAAGGAGAGUAUUGGUCCGGUUUUGAAUUGGCGGUCCAAGAGGCGGCUCCUGAUGCAGGAUGUGCCGCCCAACGCAGGUCAAAUCAGCACAUACUCGCCUUCCCAGUUUGCUCCAGCGCGUCCGCAUACAUACCUUCGAGGCAAGAACGAAUCGUGGAAGACUUUUAGCGAAGCAAGCAGUCGCAUGUUUCAUGAGAGACGUGUCCCAGGCUUAGACAACGGCCAAUUUCUGUUUUCAAAAGAGCAUCCGUACGAACCGGCCAAUCAGCCUCAGAGCAAUCACUAUUACAGGCCACCUAUUCCAACGGCACUGCACCUGCAAUCAGGUUCUCUAGGUCAUGGUGCUUCUGGUUUGCCGUUUGUGCCGCGCCUAUCGUCCCAUAGUCGCCUGACGUGGCCUCAGCCGCCUGUGGGUCUGUACUCAGUACCUACGAAGCCCAAACGAAGCGUCUUUUCGCGAAAGGAGUCUGUUUCAACUGCAUCUGAUACAAGAAAAUGUGACAUGUUGCUUAGCAAGGUGGUGAUUCUGGGAAAGAAUAGGACAGUCCUCAUUGAACAACGAUGGCAUCCCCCGAAACAUGUUCGUUUGCGAUUGGGUCGGCGGGUUGGUGUUGAGUCGGUACAUGAGUUUUCAAUUGGCCAAACAGAACUUCCAGGGUCGGUGGGUCUAGUGGAUAUGGCACCACUCAAGUCGUCAUUACGGUAUCCCAAGACGGUCUUUCCCUUGGGAGACACCCAGGUGUUGCAACCUCAGGAUGACUUGGUGGUGGAAAGAGCGACAUCAUAUGAUGGCAGACAUAGGCAUGAAACAUCGGGGGUUGGUUGUACUCGGCGUCAUAUCGAAUCCAAGACAAAGGAGAAUGCACCCGUGUUCAAGGGCACAGAGGAGACAGAAGGCAUGAGGUGGCCUUUUCAGCGUGGAGAAGCACAGUCACGGACCUCGAUGCAUAUGACGCAGGCGGGUGACUCAGGUGAAGAGGGAGAUGCAGCGAUCAAGUCUUGGUUGCAUGCUUCGGUUCCGCAGAAGCGCAAAGACUUGCAUGGCAGCCCGGCUACGAAGUCAGGCGGCUGUAUCCGCUCAGCAACCAAGGAUAAUCCUGUGCUGAAUGAAGAUUGCGUUGUUGCAUAUGCGGAAAGCAAGGAUCAGGAAAGCAAGCAGCUUGUGCUCAGGCAAGUGCGGGGCGAGAGAGCUGGGGUGUUCCGCGAAGACUACGUCGUGUUUGCAACACGAUUCUUUGUUGCAGAAGAUUAGGCGGUGCAGUGCGGUGGGAUGGUGGGCUGUGCUGUAUGUACAUGGGAUUUGUGCGAAAAGCAGAAGAUCAAGUGAC